AUGUCUUACCAGAAGCCCGAGAAGGAGUUUGGCGAAGGCCCAAAAAUCCACAAGAUCCGUAUCACCUUGACCUCGCGCAAGGUCGCCUCUUUGGAGAAGGUCUGCCAGGAGCUCAUUGACCGUGCUCGCUCCAAGUCUCUCUUCGUCAAGGGACCCGUCCGCCUGCCAACCAAGACUCUUCGCAUCUCUACCCGUAAGACUCCUAACGGUGAGGGUUCCAAGACCUGGGAUCAGUAUGAGAUGAGAAUCCACAAGCGUUUGAUUGAUCUCCAUGCUCCAACUGAGACCGUCAAGCAGAUCAUCAUUAACAUCGAAGCUGGUGUUGAGGUCGAAGUCACCAUUGCUCAAUAA